AUGAGGACCAGGGACCGGCUCGCCGAGCUGCAGCAUCUGGCGAGCGGCGCGGCCGGCGGCGUGUACUGCGACACCGUGCAGCCCAGCGAGCCCGACGCCGCCGCCAAGCACGACGCGCACAUCCAGGACAUCUUCCGCGAGGUGGAGCGCAUGCGCGGCUGGAUCCACGACCUCGACAACAACUCACAGCUGAUCCGGCGCCUGCACUCCGACCCCACCUUCCAUACCAACAAGAACUUGCAGGACCAGCUGGAUGCGGCGGUAACAGCGUCCAACGCGACCGGGCUGAAGGUGAGCGGGGCACUGCGCCAGUUCGAGGGCCGACUGAGUACGCGCAACGACGCGGCGGCGCGCAUAGCACGGCUCCAGUACGCGGCCUGCCGGCGCCUGUACGCGGACGCGCUGCAGCGCCACCACGCUGCGCUGGACGCCGUACGCGCGCAGCAGCUGCUUUUGCUGCAGCACCAGAUCCAGCUCACCCAGCUGUCGGUGUCGGAGGAGGAGUGCGAGGCGCUGCUGGAGUCCAACAACAUCGCGCUGUUCGUGGACAACUUGCGCGCCGAGACCGCGGAGGCGAAGCGCGCACUGCGCGACGUGGAGGCGCGCCACGAGGAGCUCGCGCGCCUCGAGGCCGCGCUGGUCGACGUGCGCGACCUCUUCACGCAGCUCGCGCACCUCGUCGCGCAACAGCAAGACCAGGUGGACAGCGUGGAGUACUACGCACUUCAGGCCACUGAGCACGUCGGCAGCGGCGGCACGCAGCUACUCAAGGGCACCGUCAGCCGUACCAAGGCGCGCAAGAAGAAGCUGGGCCUCAUCGUGUGCCUGGCGGCCGGCUUCGCGAUUGUGUUGCUCGUGCUCGUCCUCACGUGA